AUGCAAAAUCGAACUACUAAUGAUCCUUCGCACUCUUCAGUUUCUCCACAAAGGCAUAUUCCAUUGCCAAUUAAUGGCCAUUCUAAUGAAGAUGAUAGCACUGAUUCCGUAAAUCUAGAUCAGACACAGGAUACUUCUUCUAUUGAAUCAGAGCAAAUGCCUAUCGAUCAGGAUAUUUCAGAAGCACCUAUUAAUCAGGCACAAGUCAUGUCCAAUACUCCACUUCCAUCAGUCGAAGAAGUUAAUAAAUGGAAGCGGAACGAUGUUACUAAAUUCUUACAGGACAAAAAAGAAGAGUUGGAUCUUGAUGAUAAACACAUUGAAGUCAUCAAAGAUCAAGAGGUCGCUGGCCGUGACUUCCUUGAGGUGGACGUGAACAAACUAAUGCAAGAUGGGUUAAAAAGGGGACCAGCUGAAAGAAUUGCAAGUUUAGUUAGAGAUAUUAAGGGAGAAGAGCAGGAACAAAAGCUUCAAGCUGGACCCAGAGUUGUUGAAUUUUGGAAAAAACUUCUCGAUGCAAAAAUAGUCUUCCCGAUACCACAAGAUAUGGAAGAAGAUGAAUUAAAUGGUUUAGAAUCUUAUUAUACGAUUGAAAAUAAUCAUGUUUGUCUAAACAAUGGUGUGAUUACUGACUCAGAUGGUAUGCUAUACAACAAUGGAGAGAUCACUGAUUUGCAAUUGCCGUCGAAACUGAUGGAUAACUUUGGAGGAAUGUUGUGCUUGCCGGAUGGCGUGUUCUUUCUCGGAGAGGAGUACAAAUAUGGAUCGAAACUUCUCAUACGAAAUUGCUAUUUGCAGUUGCUCGAACUAAUCGAGAAGAAUCGUAAACCGGGCCUCUCAGCUCAUACUGGUUGCACGAUUACUGGUACACCUGGUAUUGGAAAGACAUACUUUGGAUUAUUUAUUCUCUUCUACGUUCGUUACAGAUAUCCUAAAGCCACAAUAAUUUGGAGGGGCGACGAAAAUAAUUGCUAUCAAUUCUUGUCUGAAGGUGAUGUCCAAGAGAGGGAUUUCCACCAGUUUAGCAAAACAUUGAAUAAUGCUGAAAACUUCUACAUUGCUGAUGCACAUGUUAUGACAUGGUGUUCAGCCUAUAAAAUCCUGCUCACAUCGCCAAUGGUAGAAAGAUUCAAUGAAGCUGUCAAAUGGCCGGGUUUCACUCAAUAUUUCAUGCCAGUUUGGACGCUCGAAGAAAUUACUGCACUUUGGACCGUUCAAUAUAAGAACAGGAAGAAUGAAAAAGGUGAAGAAUUCACGUUUGAAUUAGUCGGGUCCUUGCUAGACAAGUGGGGCCCAAUACCCAGGUCAGUUCUUUUAAAGUGGGACGAUGAGACAUAUCAGCAGAAAUACUAUAAUCUGAUUGCUGAAGCUGAUUUGGAAAGCUGUGUGAACUCCAUUAAUAAGGCAGGCAUGCCCACAGAUACCGUUAGUGGUAGACUCGUACAUCUUGACGUGAAUCCAACAUUUAUAAAAGUUGUGUAUCGUUUUGCUUCUCCGAUGAUAUCUAACAUAAUGAUCCAGGCAUAUGAAACUAAAAACAAAAAGAAGCUUCGCGAUUUCAUAAUGAGCAGUCAUGAACAUCCAAUGGUUGCUGGAUUUCGAGGCAAUCUCUUCGAAGAUCUUGCCCAUCUGGAGUUGCAAAGGGGCGGUACUUUUAGGAUACGGUGCCUGAAUAAUAAUAACUUAGAGGCUACAGAACGACAUAUCAAGGAGUCGGAGUGUAAUUGGUUCAUGACACUGAAUGAGGCACGCAAAGAAUAUUAUAACAGGCCAAAAUCAAAGACAUUUGCAUCGAUUGAUUCUUUCAGCCUUGAUAACAAUACUUUGGCCUUGUACCAAAUCACUGUCUCAACAGAUCACGGCAUAAAGGUGAAAGGACUUAAUGACCUUGACCGUUUUCUCACGUGGAAAAGAGAUGUGGAUAACAUUAAUCUAUACUUCGUCGUGCCAUCGGACAUCUUUGAAGAAUUUUCCUUUCAAAAAUACAAGACUGUCAAAGAUCAGGGCUAUCAGAAAAUUCCGAAAUGGAUUAACAAUAUAAACCAAUAUGCAUUGGAAGUGGCAAUAAGGAGAUUGUGA